AUGCUGACUCGCGUCACCAUAGCGGGCGUCCUGUCCCAAUUCCUCCUGGCCUCAGCAACCGGUUUGUCGCCAGUCGACACCUUCUAUCCCACUGGCCUCAAUGACACCUCGUACAUCAGCAACAGCGAGCUGGGGACGUAUGGAGGGACUUAUAGGGCUCCGGCCGACAAGGCUUCGCAGGGCUCUCCGUAUGGCAUAUACGACUACUGCUCCAUGCCGCACCCGCGCGUGAGCGAAUAUGAGAUGCCCAAAGACCAUCACGCCAAGCUGGUGUACCUGGAGUAUAUGCAGAGGCACCAGAGACGCACCAUGUACAAUCUGGCUCCAGGCGGAGAGAACCAACCGUUUGAUUGCUCGAGUUUUGAAGCCUUCUCGUACGGUAGUCAAGCACACGGCACCAACGGCCUCCAGGUCUAUGCCAGCGUCUACACGGACCCUAACAACCCGUUUGUCGAUGCUCUGCCGUACAUCAACUCAACGUGCUUCUUCCCUCAGCUGACCACCGGCGGUCUCCUCGACGGCGUCCAACAGGGCAAGGACCUCUGGGCUCUGUACGGCGAGAAGCUGGGCCUCAUUCCGCAUGCACCCAGCGACAAGGUCUGGCUACGAUCCAGCUCGGCGACUCUCACCCAACAGAGCGCUGGAGGCGUCCUGCGCGGUCUGUGGCCUCACUACUCGGGCUCUGUGCCUCUCCACCAACAGCCCGGGCCUGACACGGUCAACGGUGGGAUUCCCUGCAAUGCCAAAGGCGCUACGCUGUCGUCCAUCCAGUCCACGCCCGAAUGGAACGAGCAUCUCAGCGUCACGGCUGAGCUUCGACAGUCGCUGGGCGAUAUUCUAGGUGCCACGAGCAGUGCGUGGCAGACCACCUUUGACCACUUCUCCGACAACUUCCAGGCACGGCUGUGCAAUGGAUACAAGCUCCCCUGCAGCUUCAACGACGCGUCCAAGUGCGUUUCCGAAAGCCAGGCUGAGGAAGUCUUCCGCGCGGGUGACUGGGAGUGGAACUACUACUGGCGCAGCAACCCGCAGGUCGUCAAGUAUAUCCAGGCCACCGAGGGUCUCUUCAUCGGCGAGGUUGUCAGACGGUUGGAGGCCGUCCUGAAUAAGAAGCAAAAGUACGUCUACUCGCACACCUUCUUCCACGACGGCGACAUCGGUCCCGUGUUGGGCGCCCUGGGAAUCAACCAGCUGCGAUGGCCUGCAAUGGGAUCCAACGUCGCCAUCGAGGUUUGGGAGACGACGGCCGAGCGGGAGAAGGCGUACUAUGCUCGCGUUCUGUACUCGGGACACACGCUGCGCAGCAUUCACGGCACCUUGGACUGGAUUCCGCUGAGCCAGUUGAUUGACAUUCUGGAGGUGUAUGUGCCAGAAGACAUUAUCGCUCUGUGCAACUCAUAG